CUUCUCCUAAGCCACAGAGCUGAGAUUGGAGUUAAGUACCACCUCUUUGCUGGAGAAGAGGGCAUCAUGAACAAAUGUGGAGUGACUGCUACGGAGUUUGAGCUUCAUCCUGGAGAACUGCUCAUAGUGAAGGGGAUGAUUUUAUCAGAGAGCAAAGAAUUUGCGAUAAAUCUGGGCAAAGACUGCGACAACCUGGUGCUCCACUUCAACCCACGCUUUGACUGCAAGGGCGAUGUGAACGCUCUAGUGUGCAACUCCAAGCGAGCUGGUGCCUGGGAAGGUGAGGAGAGACCACCCGACUUCCCUUUUCAUCAGAAUUGUGAAAUUCAGAUCACCUUCAGUUUUACUGAUCAUGACAUCCGAGUGAAAAUGGAAGGGAGUGAAGAAAUUGUCUUCCCCAACCGGCUGGAGCUUAAUGUCAUUAAUUAUCUUGAGGUGGACGGAGACUUCAGAAUCAAGUCUGUGACGUUUCCCUGAGGAUGGACAGCC